ACCUGUGUUUACCUUCACCUCCUCCGUUGCAGGAGAAACCCGUCUAUCGUCUUUCUCGCAGCCCGCCCCUGUGGCUGUGUUCCUCCCAUCCCCCCCACCUUCUCUCCAUCCAAUCCCAGAGAAUGCACCUGAGCAGAUUUGCCUGCAGGGCUCCGCACCUAAGUGAAUGCUGAUUGGCCAGGUGCAGGCCGCCUGCCUGGGGGCCGCUCUCUACCAAUGGCGACGAGGCUGCGUGACUCAUAGGGAGAGGACGGCUCGCUUCACGACACUUCUCCUUUUUCUGCCUCCAACUCAUUCGUCGUCUUCUUUUUGUUUUUUUGUUUUUGUUUAUUUUAGCCGCCCCACUCCCCAACCCCUCACCUCAUCUUUCAGAUUGUUGGUGUGAGAAAGGUGUGGAGCGGGCCUCGGUUGGUUGUUGCAGACCUUCAGUUGUCGCUUAAAGGCUCUAUUUGGAUUAGUCCCCUCCACCUCGCCACCCACUUGUUUCGCCCCUUUUAUUUUUGACUUUUUCAUUGGUUGUAUUGACGUCACGGCUUGUUUUGAUGCUUUCCGCGAUGGAUAUGGUCACCUGCAUCCUGUUCAUUUGAGGUGUAGAUGCUUCAGGUGGAUCCCGAGCAGGACCAGGCUGCUUCCAGCAGGGCCAGGCCGAUCCUUUGAAUCUCAGCUCGUGGUCUCGAAAGAGACAGCCAGACAUUUUGCUUUGUGAAAGUCCGCUUUGGGCCUCUGUAAGGGGCGCUGUCCGUGCCGAGAAAGCGCCAGAGUGGCCACCGCCAUGACCACCGCUGUGCAACCCAAUGAACUGGUUUUUGAAUUUGCCAGUAACGGGAUGGAUGAAAUCAACCAGCUGGACGACCCGUCUGUGUUCCCCGCUGUGAUUGUGGAGCAGGUGCCCGCCACAGAUCUGCUGCAAGUGUACUCGGGCCUCGAGUCGGACGAGGUGACCAACGGCAUUAUGAUGGACAACACCAUGCACAUAGCCGAGGCGCCCUCCAUCCUAGUGGGAGGCGUGGACCUCUCAGAAACGGUCUCGGCCACUGAAGACAGCAUGGAGACAAAUGAGGCCGCCGCGGCUCUGCUCAACAUGGAGUCACCAAACAACAUAUUGGACGAGAAGCGCAUGUUUCACAACUAUGGUACUCUGCUGGAGUACCACAUGGAGAACGGCACCCUUGACAUGUCGCUGGAUGAGGACACCUCAUCCAUGGAUGAGAUCCCCCAAAAGUCUCCCUUGAAGCCACAGAAAAAAAACAAAGUGAGGAAGCCCCGGGCGGUGCGCUCAUGCUCCCCCAUCUCCACCCCGAACCUACCACUGAGGAAGAAGAACAAAGAGGGCAAAGGAAACACCAUCUAUCUGUGGGAAUUUCUCCUGGCCUUACUGCAGGACAAGAACACCUGUCCCAAAUACAUCAAGUGGACACAGCGGGAGAAAGGCAUCUUCAAGUUGGUUGACUCCAAGGCGGUCUCCAAGCUUUGGGGCAAACACAAGAACAAGCCCGACAUGAACUACGAGACCAUGGGACGAGCGCUCAGAUACUACUACCAGCGAGGCAUCUUGGCUAAGGUGGAAGGUCAGCGUCUGGUCUACCAGUUCAAGGAGAUGCCGACUGACCUGGUGGUGAUCGAGGACGAUGACGCGGGGUCUGACGGUUACAACGGGUAUGGCAACCAAAGGUCCGCCGGCGGGAGGUCUGUGGCUCGGGGGGGCUCCAGAGGGAAGGCUCACCAGCAGGUCAAGCAGAUGAAGAAAGAGCCCAUCGAGCAAUGUCUGCAGCAGGAAGUGCAGGGAGGACAAGCUGAGCAACUCCUGCAUAUACUGCAGGGUAACCAAGGGGCGGACAUGGCGCAGGCUUUGAGGGCCAUGAAUACUCCUGCUUCACUCCCGGUUGUCUUGACGUCUAAUAGUUCUCUCCCGUCUCUGCCCCUCACCACCGUUCUCCCCAACGGGGACUCCACUCACUACUCCCCCUCUCGCGUCCUCCUCCAGUCCAUGCCCCCCACCACCACCUCAGCCAAUGACGUGCUGAGCAUCCAGGCGGCCAACGGCCUGCAGGAGGGCCUCCCCCAGCAGCUGCUCGUCACCAACUUCGGAGCGUCUGCCAUCUCGUCCUCCUCCGCCACCUGCACAGUCCCCAUUUCCUCCACCUCGAGCCUCCCCCGCCUGCUCACAAUUAACACCACCUGCGGGCAGACCAUGGUGGCGCAGCAGCCCGGCACGGUCAUCGCCACCGUGCUGAAAUCGGGCGAUUUGUGUGGGCUGCAGGUUAAAGAGGAAAUGCUGGACUCCAGCUACUUCCAGUCCAUGGUCAACGGCGAUCCUUCCCUGGCCAGCACGUUCGCCAAGGAGGAGAUGGACGCCGGCGAGGCGGAGCUGCAGUACCGGACUGUGAUCAUCGACACCAGCCACACCCACGGUCUGGAGCUCGCCAGCGAGGCGGCCUUCAACGGACUCUCUUCCCAAAGCAGCAGCCCAUGUGAAGGCCUCACCCCCGUGGAGGAGCUGGAGGUGCGAGGGGAGAUGUCCCUGCAGUCCCAGCAGGCCAUCAAAAGCCUGCAGGAGCUGCCCCUGUCAGUGCAGCUGCCCGCAAACUUUAUCCAGAUAAAGACGGAGCCCGCGGAGGCCUGACAUGCUUUCUGCCGCCUCUUCUUUUUAAGCUCAACUGAAAACCAACACAAGGACCAAUUGGUGGACUUGACGGUGGUUGUUUUUAUUUUCUUCCACAUUGCUGCAGUCUGAUCCAGGAUCAGAUGUUGCUCCUCAAGGUUGCUCAAGUUCAGCCUCAGGAUUGAAUCGUUUACUCACUUCUUUGUGAUCAUGUGCCUAAAGAAAUGUAUCAAGGGAGUGUUGCGUAUUUUUUUUUAAAGAUGUCACAUUUCAGUUUUUGGGCGUGCAAAGAUAUUUACACACCAAACUCCUCCCUUACGGAGAACAGCCAUUGGAUGAAGCAGGGAUGCCUGUCUGCCAAAUGUGCCAGUUAGUCUGUUAUUGCCUUAAAUCUCAGUGGACUUGUAAAUGGUGAAAAAAAGAGGCUUGUCUAAGUCCAAACCAAAACAUGGGGGGCUGAAUACAAAACGGUGCAAGGAAAUUGGACUUUCCGGCUGAGGGAACGCCAGGAACCAACGUGCAUCAGUACAGGCCCUCACUGGCAAAAAGGAUUCUGAUGACUGCUUUUGGGACUUUCACCGGAACUAGUUUAUUUUUGUUAAAACCAAAAGGCAAAACAUGUCAGUACUUCCAAAAUGUGGAAAAGGGCAUUUGGAAAAUAACAAUUCUUGGUGCAGACUGGACACAAAGACAGAAAGAAUUCUAGAUAAAAUUUUUAUUUUGUAAUCAGCCUGGUGUUUUUGAGGCUGAAAUCCUGUUGAUAUGAGAUGGAAUAUGCAUGUGGUCUCUCACUGUAUAUACAAAUGAUAUAUGCUUGAGAUUCACCACGAAGGCCACUGCAAAUUUUAUUUAUUUUAUGAAUUUCUAAAUUCUGUAUAAAAAGGCACAUUUGUACUCUAUUUACAUGAGGGAAAAGACAAAGAAUACACACGCUUAGUACAGGAAGACCAAACUUUUAUUUUAUUUUUUCCAUAAAUAGAUAAACAACUUUUCUAUUUCCAUUGUUUCCGUUCCCCAAACAUGCUGUUGUACAUAUCCUGCUGUGUGUGUGUGUGUGUGUGUGUGUGUGUGUGUGUGUGUGUGUAUACGCUCUUUUCUUUCUGUUCAGCAAGCAUACUGUAGCUCUCAAGCAUUCGAAGCCUUCAAGAAUCAGUAUCAAAAUAAUCAGUCAGUAUCGGUAUAUAAAAGUCAUAUAUCAGUUUUCAGAGUUUCUUCUGGGCCAGUGCUGUUUUGUACAUUUUCACAUGCCCUCUCGGCUCCUGCUCUCGUGCGAGUCCAGUGUGCGCUUUCUCUAUAUGCUGACGAAACCUGAGGCGAUGAGUGAAUGGGUUGAGUCACGGCGGAAACGUGCAGACACAGUGACCUUGAUCCACAGAGCAGAAGUGACAAACUCAAGUCUUGUUUGUAGGCACAAGCUGAAUGUAUCCAUACAGUUCAAAUAUAUGCAAAAUUAUGACAAUCAAUCAUUACACUGGAGACAUUUUCUGAUCCAAAUCUUGUCUAUGCUGCUGCUUUGUUAUUGUUGUUUAUUUGCUCUGUAUACACGUCGUAUAUCCUGUUUACAGAGCACCCUCGCCUUAAAGCACUGUUUGUGACUGUUGAUUGUCAGUGGCCUUCUUUAUGCUGAGUAUAGAGUUGAUUUACAAGGCUUCUUUCUUGUGUUGUUGCACAGCAGAUGUCCAGAAAUCACACAGCAGCAAAAAAAGAAAAAAAAAAAACGCAGAAAUAUUAAACUUGGAGACAAAACAGG